AUGAUGAGUCUGUUCCCGGGGAACUCCGGCAGCGACGUCAACGCCGCCGCCGCUCCCCCCUCUCUGGAGAAGCGCGAGGCGGGCGACUCCAGCGAGCGAGCCGCAGCGCCCAGCGCCGGCGCUGCGGGCUCCUCUGCGGACGCGCGGGGACUGCAGCGGCCUCUCGGCGGCGCGGCGGCGCCAGACUCGCCUGCGCCCCAAGCCGUGGCGCCGAUCCCUCCGCAUCUCGCCUUUUGGGAAGAAAGCGAGGCGAUGAGUCGUCUGCGCUUCGAGGCGGAGUGUGAGUUUGUCCAGGCGCUUGCGAAUCCGCAGUACCUGCGCCACCUGCAGAAGGAGAGAUACUUUGUGGAUCCGCGGUUCGUCGCGUAUCUGCACUACUUGGAUUACUGGCGCCGGCCGCCGUACGUGCACCACUUGCUCUUCCCCGUGUGCCUCGGAGUGCUUGACCUCCUUCAGCAGAGAGAAAUCCGCGACAGGCUCGAGCGAGAGGACGUCGUCGCCGUCCUUGAUCAGACUCUCAGACUCCACUGGCUCUACGCUGCAUGCGAGAAAAACAAAGUCUAA